GCCGUCAUCCCCUGCUUCCCUUAUGCCCGGCAGGACAAGAAGGACAAGAGCCGCGCUCCCAUCUCUGCCAAGCUGGUGGCCAACAUGCUGUCUGUGUCAGGCGCAGAUCAUAUUAUCACCAUGGAUUUGCAUGCCUCACAGAUACAGGGUUUUUUUGAUAUUCCUGUUGACAACUUGUACGCAGAGCCAGCUGUGCUGAAGUGGAUCAAAGAGAACAUCCCAGAAUGGAAAAACUGUAUCAUUGUGUCACCUGAUGCAGGAGGAGCCAAGAGGGUCACCUCAAUCGCAGACAGGUUGAAUGUGGAUUUUGCUCUCAUUCACAAGGAAAGGAAAAAGGCAAACGAGGUGGACCGCAUGGUCCUCGUGGGAGAUGUGACGGAUCGGGUUGCAAUUCUAGUGGACGAUAUGGCUGACACAUGCGGGACAAUCUGCCACGCUGCUGACAAAUUAAUCUCUGCUGGUGCCACCAAAGUAUAUGCCAUAUUGACACAUGGCAUCUUUUCUGGCCCUGCCAUUUCACGCAUCAACAACGCGUGCUUUGAAGCUGUGGUGGUCACCAACACAAUCCCUCAGGAGGAGAAGAUGAAACACUGUUCGAAAAUACAGGUUAUAGACAUCUCCAUGAUCCUUGCAGAGGCCAUCCGCAGAACUCACAACGGGGAAUCUGUUUCUUAUCUGUUUAGCCACGUUCCUCUGUAACACCACCAUGUGUUGUCGACUCCGGGAAAAAAAAGAAGAAGAGGACAUUCCCCUAAACUUUACCAUCAGCAAAGAUGUUCUACUAAUAUAUGAUGGCAAAUAUAGAAAAAAAUGCCAUGUUUGUUACUAACACUGCCCCCAUUUUCACUCAAGUCCCUCCCCAAAGAGGUCUUUUCUUUAUGUUUUUGGCGCCAAAGCAAGUGAGCUAAUACUUACAGACUGGCAUAUUUAUUGUGUAUGAAUUAAUAUGUACCCACAGUGAAUUUUGUCUUUGUUUUAAUGAAGUUUAACUCGCAGCGUUUCUCCUGAUCGUUUGUAGUUUCUCCUCAAAAGUCAUUUUUAUCUGUUGUCAAGGAGUUGAUUCGUUGCAGGUGUCAAUGCUCAGGAGAUGUACUCAAUGUGUAAAAUUGUUACAUGGCUUUUUGUUACAAUGAUUGUGUGUAGUUUUUGUUUGUUUUUUAAGUUGCUCUGCUAUCUUCUGCUGUUAAAGAUUACAGUUAAUAGACUGAAUGUGUAUUUAUCUAGUUUACGGUGCCACUGAAGCUCCACUCAAACACGACGAGUGCCUCAAAAGUCUGAAAUUAAAGUAAGUUUUCCUCGUUUCCCCCACCACACACCCGACAUCCCUUGAUUUGAAAUAACUUGUUUCUUAUUUCAGACUGUAAACGAUGUAUAUUUCAUUGAAUGUUUUCUUUCAACUCUUGAGGUGCCCCCAUUGAGUGGGAUGUGCUCAGUGUCUGAAGAAAAAAAAAGUUUCCUUUCAGAGUCUAAAAUGAAAAGAUGUCUGUGGAGAAGCUGUUUUUAAAAGCAUGAGGUCUCUGCAGGCUGGAGCUUCCUUCACGAAUGUUCACCUGCUAUUCUCGUCUUACUUUAAUGUCCAAGUUUUUUUUUGUUUUGUUUUGUUUUGUUUUUUCGUUUCUUUUACGGUAGAAUCGAAUGCACCAGUUGUUCGAAGACGCAUUCUUAAUAAAUUUAAAAAUGUGUCAAAUUUAAA